AUGGUGGUGUCCCCCCACAACAAAAGCAAGGUCAAGGCCGCCUGGGGUAAGGUUGGCAGCAGUGCUGGCGACUAUGGCGCAGAGGCCCUGGAGAGGAUGUUCCGGAGCUUUCCCACCACCAAGACCUACUUCCCCCGCUUUGACCUGUCCCACGGCUCUGCCCAGGUCAAGGGUCACAGCAAGAAGGUGGGUGACACCCUGACCAACGCUGUGGCCCACAUGGACAACCUGCCUGGUGCUCUGUCGGCCCUGAGCGACCUGCAUGCCUACAAGCUGUGUGUGGACCCUGUCAACUUCAAGCUCCUGAGCCACUGCCUGCUGGUGACUCUGGCCAGCCACCACCCCUCUGAUUUCAACCCUGCCACCCAUGCCUCCCUGGACAAGUUUUUUGCCUCCGUGAGCACCGUGCUGACCUCCCAAUACCGUUAAGCUGGA